CGAUUAAACCCUACGCGACUUUCAGUUCUAGAGAGAGAAAACAGAGAUCUGAGAGAAUGGCAAACCCUAAGGUGUUCUUCGAUAUGGCCGUAGGAGGUCAACCGGCCGGGAGGAUCGUAAUGGAGCUCUACGCCGACACCACUCCCCGCACGGCGGAGAACUUCCGUGCACUUUGCACCGGCGAGAAAGGAGUUGGAAAGAGCGGCAAGCCUUUGCACUACAAGGGCUCGUCGUUUCAUCGCGUGAUUCCUGGAUUCAUGUGCCAAGGAGGCGAUUUCACCGCCGGAAAUGGCACAGGAGGCGAAUCCAUCUACGGAUCAAAGUUCGCCGACGAGAACUUCGUCAAGAAGCAUACCGGACCUGGAAUUCUCUCCAUGGCGAAUGCUGGACCUGGAACCAACGGAUCGCAGUUCUUCGUCUGCACUGCGAAGACCGAGUGGCUUGAUGGAAAGCACGUCGUGUUUGGUCAAGUUGUGGAAGGUAUGGAGGUUGUGAAGGCGAUCGAGAAGGUUGGAUCGAGCACUGGAAGGACCUCGAAGACCGUGACGAUCGCCGAUUGCGGUCAGCUCGCUUAAACUGGCUAUCAUUGAUCGAUCUUUGAUCUGAUCUGAUAUGUUUGAGCAGUGUUGAUCUAUAUCUGUUUAGGCUUGGUUUUAAUUUAAGUCUUGUCGUUGUGAUCUAAUCUAGGGUUUCUGGUUUGGUACUUUCUACUUUUCGAGUAUGGUUGUUCAUUGUAGACUUUCAUGUGCUUAAACGAGCUUCCAUAUUGAAAUAAGAUAGAUUUACUUCGUCUUCUACAUUGGAUUAUAAUA